AUGAUCGGCCAUCAGCACGAUCAGGUCGAUCGUGGCCGAGAGAUUUCUCGUUCUGUCGUCGGGUUUGGCCGGACGGAUGAUAAAGGUUUGAAUGUUCUUGCCGGACGAGAGAAGAGGCCUUCCUGGUCGGACGGUACGCUCGUGCGUGCGGCACGGGUUGUGUUGCGCGGUCGUAGAGCGAUGCCUUCCUGUUCGUGCAAUGCUGUCGUGUGCGGCUUAUGGUGGCGAAACUUGGACGGGACGGCUGUGGGUUGUUGCCUUCCGGGUUGGUACAUGAGCUCGGUCGUGCACUAG